UCAUGUUCAAGUUCUUCUGUGCGAGACCAGUCGUGCGCCAACACACGAUAAAGCUCCCGCAAUCCAAAUGACAAACAACAGUGAAGUCGGAAUCAAGAGAGAGCUCCAAUACUUUAUUGAAGUCCUUGAAGGAGCGGCAAAAAUUCCAGCUAGAAAGCGCCAAAUAAGAAUAGCCCCGAUAUUCCAAGCGAUUUCUGAGCAUGCUUACCAAUUCGGGCUGGCUGAGCAUGAACUGUACCGACUGGUCCGGCUUAUAACAGCCAAAACAGAGCUUGACCAGAGAAGCAUUAUAAACUUAAUUAAGCACCUAUAUCCAUCAAACCGCGUAGAUAAUGGUGUUAUUAUUUAUAUCAUCAAUACACUGGGUCAAGCGAAAGGGAGCCCUCCGCCUUCUGUGCAAGCUGCGCUAGUGCGUUGGGUCACAGCAAUUUAUUACAUUCUUCAAGAACCUGCAAUUCUGUCUCGUUUCUACGGUGUACUAUUUAAUCACCUAGAUGUCAUAUCACUGCGGCCAGUCUUAUGCCAGCUACUUUCAGUUGUGACUAGGCGAAAGCAUGUGCGACCAUUCCGCAUACAACGCCUGCUUAAUCUUGUACAUCAAACUACCAGUGAGCCGGCUUUAAUAAGUCUACUAAGAGUAUAUAAAAAAUUCUGUCCCGGAAUCACCCUGAAGCCGAAAUCGAUAAGAAUGCCUCUUUGGAUACGAACUGAUAUGGAAUGGCAGCAAAGAUUAUGGGUCAUCCAGCAAAAGAACCAGGCGAUUCCGCGUCAGAGUUCACAAAAUGAUGGAUUUCGAAUAUUGCGAUACACGCUAAGUGGUGAGAGAAAAGCAGCUAUACCUGAAGUCCAUACCUUUCAUGUAGUCGAGGACAGUCGCACGCUUGAAGAAAUACAUAGCGCAUCGGAGCUGGUACAGUGUCUUGAGGUCAUCGAGUCACCAUCGCAGAUGGUAGCUGCUCUCCAAAAUCCUGCGUUGCAAAGGUACCUACAGCUAGCGAGCCCCGCAGAAUCUCAAUUCCGAUUUGAGUUUUGCUUGAUGGGAUACUUUGAAGAAGAAGUACAGAGGUUUCGAGAAGGUUUCGGUCCUUCGACAGCUUUUUCUGAACUGUUCGCUGGCCUUUCAGGUUACAUGAGAUCUUCAAAGGCCUCGCUCCUUGUGAUGGAGCGGUUCUUUCAAGUAUAUUUGCCUCUAUGGAAUGGCCAACCCGACUUCCGCCAUAUCCUCAGUAUGCUUUCAUACCUUCCACUCCAGUCAUUUCCAGAACCUUGCAAGAGCAUUCUUUCCGUUUUACAGCAGGAUGUCUUAACUAGCGCGGAAGUGCCGCUUGAAGCUCUACUUGGAUUCUACACCAGCCUUGCGCAACAUUGGAUGAGCCCCAAGUUCUCUGCGCACGGUGGUAACACACCUCGAGGAUUAAUGAACUCGAGUGCAGUUUGCAAUUUGAUUGAACAUGUUUCUGUCCUUGCCGAGUCUGCUCUUGCGGCUGCUCUGCCUGCGGAAGCAGCCAUCGUCAGCUUCUAUGAAAGCAUAGCUGAUUUAGUCACCAUGCAGAUUUCGGAGCAAAAGCAAAUUCUUCCGCCAAUUUUGCCUUCCAAGUCGCUCAUCUACUUGCUUCUGUCGAGGUCUUCCUUGAGCCAAUUUUCACGACUAUGCGACCUGCUCGUUACCUACAAGCGCUGCUUCGAGAAACAAGAAGUUGAAGUGACCAGAACCUACCAACCGGAUGCAACUGAACUACUCAACGGCUAUUUUAUGGAUAUAUGCAAUAUGCUAUGGCGUUCGCGAGCACUUAACACAUCUGACGCAAACGCCAAAGGACUUUUGUGCCCAGAUUCAGUCAUUAGCAGCCUUCAGUAUUACAUCCCAAACGUGGAAAGGGACUACAGCCUUCACAUAAUUUUUGACCUUUCUCACAACGCAUUGAUUGCCUUGAUGAGCCAGGCUGCAUUUCUGUUAUUAGAAAACGGUUCUCAAGCAGGGACUACGAAAGAACGACGGCUUCAUGCUGGACCUGUAACGCAGAGGUCACUGGUUGUGCUUGAGAAGGAAGGCGGCCUAGCGUUAUCGUGGAAGAAGUAUCGGUUAGAGGUUUUAGAAUGGCUGAAAAGGCAUGGUAUCAAUGGUAUGACGCAAUUUUUGUUUGCUACAAUGAAGGAUCUUACAAAAUAAAAGCUGUUCAUUUUAUGAAAG